AUGCUGCCGCCGGGGGCCACCGGCACGGUCGGUGCGACGGAGGUGCUCUCUCCAAGCCUCAACGUGUACCGUGCCGGCAGCAGCGGCGUGACCCUCACCAUCGCUCCCAGGACCACCGUUCUCGUGGCCGAUCACGUCACGAACACCAGUGCGGUGGUGAGGUUGGAGCAAGUGGACUACAGCAAGGCGAUGCGUGCGUACCGCGUGUGCCGGCAAGAGGGGGGCGUUGUAGCCGAGGAGCCAUCGAAAGGCUGGCACGCUGGCUCCACGACGCCGGCGACACCGUUGCCGCCGCCGCUGACCUCGUCGCACGGGGUCUCCUCAAGCUACGCGAUGAGCCCGACCGCCUUCACGGGGACUGCAAGCCCCAAAGGCCGCGCUAGCUACGCCGCCCGUGAUGAAACGGCACUCGGUCACGACCGGGCGCCGUGGCGCGUUGUGUUCCUGCGGUUGUUCGGCGCUACGGAUAUGGUGCUGCUCACCGUCGUCGUGGCGUGCUUCCUGGUCGUGGUGUCGCGACUAAGCAUGAUCAAGCUCGGCCGAACAGAUGGGCAGAGCGCCAUGUCGUGGUCGUCUCUGUCGUGGUUGAAGGUGGCGCUGACCGCGCUCACCUCUGGACGCUCGGUGGUGGAGGAGGUUGUGGCACCGUCUGGCUUGUCGCCCGCGUCUGCUGAAGACUUGGCGCAGGGAGUCACGCGGGGGUCCCCGGCGACCUCAUUGUUGACUACAGCGACCGUGAUUUCGGUCCCUGGCACCAAAGGGGUGCUCUUCACGUCCUAUACUCAGGCUACAGGCAUCCCGGCCCUGGACACGAGCGUCACGCUCGUCCUGCUGCUCUUCUCCAUUUUCCUUUUGAUAAAGCGGCUCAGUUGCGCGUUGAGUCGGGUGUACGUGGAGGAGGUGCUCGUCAUGCGCGGCGUUGGCCUGCAGUUCUCCGCGUACGGAAUAUUCAACACACUGCGGUACCGGCACUUCGUCGAUCUUCUCAUGCUGCGCUCACUUGUCAUCCACGACGCGUUCUUCCGGUACCAGCCGAUGUUCUUCCUCUCCUCGUCCGUGGAGAACAAGGCGGAGCGGAUCGUGUACUUUCCUGAUACGCUGCCGCGGCUGGCGGUUCUGCGUCCUGCUUUGAAUGGCAUUCGCGGGGUGCUCUACGGAGAGCCAGAGGAGGGGCCAAGCCUGGGGGAGCUGGAGGAGCGAUGGAAGAAGUCAGCCAGUAACAUUCCCGAUGGCAACUUUUCUACGGAGGACAGCUUUGCCGAAGACACAGUGACGACGCCGGAUGACGCAUGCUCCGACGCCACAGAUCGCGACGAGGAUUGA